GCUAAAUUUACUUGCUGUUCUGGCAAUUACUGAUCCAAUUCGAUACGUUGAAUGUAAGCACCGCGCCAGGUAUUCUCAGUACCUCCGGCCUUAGCCGUAACGGGAUGCGCGUUAUUCGGCAACUCCCGCGUAGAGCCUUUCCCAACUUGAACUUAAAGCUUUGCGAAGUUUCUGCGCUAGAUAACUGUUCAUCAUGGUCACGGUCGCUAUCGAAUCCGAAGAUGUUUUUCUUUCUUCCUGGGAUAUGUCUAGCUGGUGGCUCGGGAGGCAAAGAUCUUUCAUCACAAUGUAGCUGAGUGGGACCUCCAGGAUCGCAUUAUUCAGCACAUCAUCUAAUAUUAUGACGUCGUAGUUCAGGAAAGUAUAAAGACGGGCCAUAUCACACAUUUUCAACAUCCAACCUGAACUAUGUCGCCCGCAUUGAAAGUCUGGUUGAUAACAGGUGCCAACUCUGGGUUAGGAUUAGCAGUUGCUGAAUACGUACUUGGUCAAGGCCACCAGGUAAUUGCAUGCGCUCGCGAUACUACCAAGUUGCCCGCAUCACUCAAGACUGCGUCAGCCCUACCCCUUGACCUCAAUUGGCCAGAUUCACGAAUCAAGGAGGCUGCUGCGAAUGCGUGGAAGAUUCACGGACGCGUCGAUGUGCUUGUCAAUAAUGCCGGAUAUUGUCUUACUGGCCCCGCGGAGUCUCUCUUAGCUGAUGACAUCCAGGCGCAAUUCAAGACUAACGUCUUCGGACCGAUGUCCCUCAUUCAAGCGUUCAUCCCCCUUAUGCGCGAGGUCCACUCGGGUUGGAUACUAAACUUCUCUUCUAUCGCUGGUUUUGACGGCUACCCGCCUUUCGAUGCGUACAACGCCAGUAAAGCCGCGCUGGAUGCAUUCACUGACUCGCUUGCGCGGGAAGUCUCUAAAUUCGGUAUAACCGUACGCAGCGUUGCACCCGGAUUCUUUCCCACCAAUUUCCUCACCGUUGCGUUCAACACGUCUUCUCCUGCUUCAUCUGCAAUGUAUCCUGAAUACGACGGACUGACGAAGCUCUAUCACGAGAAGCAUGUCCAAGACGGACAAGUAGGCGAUGUAAAGAAAUUAUCUGCUCGAUUAUUCGAGAUCGUAACGGGCGAGGUGAAACUGGACGAGAGUUGGACAAGGAUACCACUCGGAUCUGACUGCGGCACCCGUAUGUUAAAGAAGCUCGGUCAUCUCAAGGAGAAUGUGGAGGGUACUGAGAAAAUAUGGAACUCUACUGAUAUGGACUUGGAGAAAGUCAAGCAGCGGUUCACGUAAGUAGCUCACGAGUACGAAAUCACUGCUGCCUAGUCGCUACGUGGUAUUGAGCCAACGCUAUCUAUUUCGAGCAAUAUUGUAGU